CCUUUUAACAGCUUCUUCUCCUGAUUCUGAAAAAAAAGAAGAAAAAAAAAACUGCAUUACUCUACUCCUCUCCUUUAACUGAUCAUAACCCGUUUGAUUUCAAUUCUGGGGUUUGUUUACUUUGAUCAGUAGAAUAUUAGGUUGUUCAGUGAUUCCGAUUAGUUUGGUUAGUAGAAUCUUGGGUAUUAGGUGUUUGAUUGUAUUCCUCAAAUAUAUUUGUGGGGGUUUGAGUGAUUUUAGAAUCUUGGAUUUGUUUCAAUUCAUCAGAUUGUUUAUUUGAUUGAGUGUUCCGCUCUUUCCGAUCUGAGUUCUCUGUGAAGAUUUUCAAGUAAAGUUUUGAUCAAAUGAUGGAUUUAAGUGUAAAGGGAUCUGGGUCUGAAGAUUUAACCAAUGAAAAGAGAUGCAGUGAUUGCCAAACUACAAAAACUCCUCUAUGGAGAGGUGGUCCAGCUGGUCCCAAGUCACUAUGUAAUGCAUGUGGGAUUAGACAAAGAAAGAAGAGAAGAGCAUUGUUAGGCCUCAAUAGUAAUAGCGGCAGCAACAAAAAAUUAUCAGGAAAAAUUGAGAAGAAAGAGAGAAGUAGUUGCAGCAGUAGUGGUAGUAGCUCCAGCAGUACUAGUAGUGAUGGUGCUGAAAAUAAUGAUAAUAAGAGUAAGAUCGGGGUUUCAUUAAAACUAAGAUUUUUGAGUUUAGGUGGUAGAGAAGUGCUGCUGCAACAGAGAUCAAAAUCAAUAGAGAAACACCGAAAGUUGGGUGAAGAAGAACAAGCGGCUGUACUGUUAAUGGCUCUUUCUUGUGGUUCCCUUUAUGUUUGAUUUUUUUCCUUUUUUUCUUUGUUAUGUUGUAGGUAAUAAAAAUGAAACCCUAAAUAUUAUUAGGGUUUUCUUUUUGUUGUUUUGUCCCCUCUUCAAUAGGGGUCUCAUUGAAAGAUAAGAAAAAUGAGGCAUGGAAUCUUAAAUAGAUAGAAUAUGAGUUUUGCGGCGCAUCCCAAUUUUUGUUUAUGCUUUGUUUGUAAAGUCUGCUUGAAAGACGAACCUUUCUACAAAUGGAGGGAAUUGUUCUACGGAGCUGAUUCUUGUUAAUGCAAUUUUGUACGGCAGUA